AUUAUGCUCCAGACAGUACUCACAGAGACCCUGAAGAUGAAGAAUGGGAUUCAGAUGAUAGGAGUGAGGGCGAAGAAGACAGAGACUCAGAACAAGUGUACUCAAAUGAAGAGGAAGGAACUGAAGCAGAUGAUGAGUCCUUUGCUGCCACUAGUGAAGAUGAAGUUCAGGGGAAAAACGGAAAAUCAUUGAAAAGGACGAUAAUUGCAGAUAGAAAAGAAAGACAAGAAAGCACAGCAGGAAAAGGUAAAGAAGAAAAAAGAGGGUGCGUAUCACCAGCAGGUUCACUUGGGGAGAAUGAGUCAUUAGAUCCUGGUUGUUACAGCAAGGACCAGGAGAAAAAGUCAAAGAAAAGAGAGCUAUCAGAUCCUGGCAAGGACCAAGAGGAACGUGAAAUCCAGUCAAAGAAAAGGAGCAGGAGAAAGCACAGGGAGAGUAGCAUGAGCCCCAUGCCCAGAGGUAGCUCCUCCCCCUCUACUUCACAAGAAGAGAACAAAAAGAAACAUGCCCCUAGUGAAAGUGGUUGCGGAAAAAAGAAGAGAGAAAAAGAAAAAGAGAGUGUUCCCAGCUCCUCUGGGACUGAUGACUCCUCACCAGAAUGUGAUAUAGUAAGGAGUCUAUCUGAAUCCGAGACUAAAAAUCUCAGAAAACUCUUCAGAUGUUUUUUUGGCAAACUCUGCUGUGGUAUAAGAGACCCAGUUGAAACAGCCGCUCAGCUGCAGGCAAAACAUCUGCUAUCCCGUUCAACAAUGGAGAACAUGAUUACAUCUCCUGAGUCACAGCAAGUGAAGGCCAUAGCUUUAGUUCGGGCACUUGCCAAGAAAUUAAAGUCUCAUCCUGACAGGAUCUUCACUGUCAUUGGAGUGUUAAUACACAAUGAAGGACUCCGAGAAACUGGCAGAGAAAUGUAUAGAGAAGCAGCAAAUAUUUGUCCAGAGAGAACAUCGGUCUCUAUACUCGGGAAGGAGCUACCAUCUUCUGAGAAACCUUUGCCACUAGGAAAUCCAAUUUGCGGUAAAAUUUGAAAUUUCCCCCAUUGCACACUUACUUUAUACGCCUUUUUCUUAUGCAGGAGAUGAAAGUGAGAUGAUUCCAACCACAGCUAAGAAAGAAACACUACCUAUCACCUCCCUCAAUAAAGGUGACAGUGGUACGGUAUUAUCCACUGCUGUAAGUUUAUCUGUACAAAAUUCAGAUAUAUUGACGAAGUAUAAGCAGUACUUGCAAUCUUGUUACAAUGCUAGAGCCCUAGCUCAAGCAGACAAGUACCUUCCCACCCUAGACGCUCCCUACAUUAAUCUUGCCAUGAUUAGAAGGGGACAACCCUAUAAUCCUGAACAAAGAGAUGAGUUUACCAGGAAAACACUGCAUGGAGGAGUAGACCAGAUUCUUAAGAGUAAGACACCUAUCAACAUUGAAGACUUGCUGACUCCAGAAGACAGUGGUAGGCCAGUCAGGUUCAUUCUGGUAGAAGGUCCUCCAGGAAUUGGUAAGAGUACCUUUGCCUGGGAGGCAUGUAGGAGAUGGGAUGAGAUAGAAAGCCUCAGACAGUACCACACUGUGGUGCUGCUCAAGUUGAGGGAAAAGUGGGUCUUAAAUGCCACACAACCUUCCGAUCUCUUCAGGUUUCCACCCAAGCCCGAAUUGAGUACAAAUAUUGCAGAAGCACUUAACAAAUCGCAUGGCCACAAUCUGUUACUGGUUUUAGAUGGGUUUGACGAAGUCUCUCACAGUUUCCAUGAGAACUCUGUCGUAAAAAGCAUUCUGUGUAGGCAGCUUUUGCCAGAAUGUACCAUCAUUCUCACUACUAGACCAGUGGCCAAGCAUAUCCUCAAAAGUAUCUGCCAGCCUCGAGUUGAUAAACAUGUAGAAAUCAUUGGGUUCACAGAGGAAGAGAGAGUGAGGUAUAUCACUGAGGUCUUUUUCAAGGAACCAGAGCUUCAGGUGAAUUUCUUGAAGUACAUGUUUCAUGUCCCUCACAUAAAGUCAAUGAUGUACAUUCCACUCAACUGUGCCAUUAUAGCACAAGUCUAUUACGAGUCU